GACACCAGCCUAGUCCGUCACUUCCAUCUUCCUGUUUGCCCUUUCACGCAUCCUUCUUCCACCACGCUCCGUUCCCCUUAUCUCCUGUCUCGCUUCUAUACUUUCUCGUCUUUAUCUGGGUUGUUUUCUCUCUCUCUCUCUCUUCCUCUCUAUUUAUUCCCCCUCCCAUCUGGGUCUUGGGAUGUACGGUUAUUUAUACGACCCUUCCCUGGUAAGGAUAAGUCGCGGCGCGAUGGAGUCACGGAUAGGAAGCGGCUUUUGGUCUUUGCGCCUUUCGGGCGUGAUUCUCUUCGGUUAUCCUUUUUUUUUCUUUCUUUUCUUUUUUAACACCUUUCUUCCACUCUAUUUCUCGGACUCGGCUCCCUAUUCAUUUCUGUUUCUCAGGUUGCCGUCCUUCUUCCAUCAUCCUGCUUUCUUCUUCUUCUGGUUGCAUAUAUGUGAAAGGAGGUUUUGUCUGGUAAUUAUUUUCGCCGGCUACGGGACCGAAGAAAGAGUAUUGCUCGGCUGGUCGUCUGGAACGUUCCUGUACCAAAAUUUGUUGUUACAUUUGUCUUCAUCAGUCGGUAUCUGUGAUGCACUGCACUUGCGUUUUGUGCGCACUGUUUUGGUUUUAUAUGGGGAAACUACAAUGUGUAAUAAUUAUCCACGCUGAACGAAUUGCAGGUAUACACGGAACUAGCCCUUACAAUAUACAUGUUGACGUGAAUUUACUUCAUGCGAGCAUGGAGUAGAACCUGCCCCAUUGUAUCUGUGACAACAAUCUAGCCAAG